UCUCUCUCUCUCUUAUACACACAAACAGCAGAGCAGUCCCCUCAACCUUCAGAUGUAUGCAUCCCACUAUGCUUUGCGAUGGUCUGUCAAGUGGAUCCAAGAUGGCGUAGAAAGUAAAGCUAGGUGUUUUGUCCCUAAGUCAUGGCGGACAGGAGAGCGGAGAAGUCAUGUGAAGAAGCCAGUAGAUUGAUAGUCAGACAGGAGUACGAGGCUGCUGUCCGUCACAGCACAGAGACUCUGGAGGCACUUGUACUCCAAGCCCAGUCCUCUGGUGCCACUGUCCCACCGAGCCCUUCAGCCAAUGUUGCCGCUGGAUCCCUUCGCAGCCGUGCGCUGAUAUAUCGAAUUGCUGCUUUUCUGCAACUGAAAAAAUAUGAUGAUGCAGACGAAGACUGCAAAAAUGUCCUGAUAGAGGAGAUUGCCAGGAGAGACGGGUCACUACUGAUCAGCUUGCGCUCCAUGCUGUUGGACGGCAGCUUACAGGAGGUGGCCAACAUCCUCUCUAAAGCCUUGUAUGGAGAGCCAAUGAAUGGCAUCGUGGCAAAAGACCUGACCAGAUUGAAAAUGCUUCUUUCAGAAAUAGAGGCUGUCAAACAGGAAAUGGCACCUGAGUACACCGAGGACCAGGAGGAAGGUGAGCUAGAGGUCCAGGAAGGCUGGCAGUUCCGGCCACCUCCUCGGGGAGUGACUAGUAGUGAGGAGUACACUCUUUGUAAAAGGUAUUUGGAGCAGGGUCUGUGUCGAUAUGGGGCCCAGUGUACAUCAGCCCACUCACAGGAGGAGCUGAUGGAAUGGCAGAAAAGAUAUGCCGGACGCCUCAUCCGCCUCAAACAGCAGCAGGAGAGCAAACACUUCACUGAAAACUACAUGGAGACCCUGAUAGAGAAGUGGAUGAACUCCCUUUCCCCAGAGAAAGUGCUUACCGACUGUUUGGAGGGAGUAAGUGUAGAAACCAGCUGCAGUCUUUCUGUUACUGUCACCACCAAAAAAUCCUCACAGUCCUGGACCUUCUGCUUGUUGUGCAAGCCGGCUAGAAAGCUGCACCGCAUUGCCCUGCUAUAUGAUGCCCACCGACCACAUUUCUCCAUCACAGGAGUGUCUCUGGGUGAACAGCUUCAAGCUGCUCCCAAAGGCUGCCAAGAGUGGACUCCACAAGAACAAACAGCAUUGGCAGCAGACAAUGGCCUGGACAGCUGUGUUUACAAGGUGGCAGUGGGCUUCAGCACAGAGAUCUUUGGCACUUUUCGACAGACUGUUGUUUUUGACUUUGGCUCAGAACCUGUGCUGAUGCAGCGGGUGAUGGUGGACGCUGCAUCUAUUGAAGACCUAGAACAUUUGAUGGCAGCCAGGCAACAGUUACUGAUGGCGACAAAGCGCUGGGACCCCUCCUGUAAAACCAUUGUAGAAUUUCGUCCAAAUGAAACAAUGGCUGAACUUGAGCGUAGCCUACUUUCCCGCUAUCAGAUUCCUCUGUCAGCUGACCAGCUCUUCACUCAGUCAGUCUUGGACAAGACUCUGACCAAAGAAAACUACCAGGCCCGACUGCAUGACCUGUUGUACAUAGAAGAAAUUGCCCAGUAUAAGGAAGUAAGCAAGUUUAACAUCAAGGUGAACCUCCAGCUGGUUACCAGCUUUAUGCUCACCGGCAUUUCAGUUGGAGCCAAGUACGCUCAGAAUGGACAACUCUUUGCACGCUUCAAACUAACUGAAACACUUUCUGAGGACACACUGGCAGGGCGGCUAGUAAUGACCAAGGUGCAUUCUGUCCUUGUGCUGCCUUUGGGCUAUGACGGGGUCAGCAGCCAACCGCCUCCUGGUGUUAAAGAGCGUGUUUAUGAAGCUGUUAUCGAGGAAAAGACCAAGGAAUACAUCUUUCUAAGGAUCUGUAAAGACUGUUGUGAGGAGCUGGGUUUGCUGCCAGACAGAGAAAUUCAGGUGGAGCUACAGUUCCAGCUGAACAGACUGCCACUCUGUGAGAUGCACUACGCCCUCGAUCGAAUCAAAGAUAAUACUGUUCUUUUCCCUGAUGUGAGCCUCGUCCCCACUAUCCCCUGGAGUCCAAACAGGCAGUGGGAUGAACAGCUGGACCCUCGACUGAAUGCCAAGCAAAAGGAGGCAGUACUGGCAAUCACCACACCUGUGUCUGUCCCUCUGCCCCCAAUUCUCAUCAUUGGGCCUUAUGGCACCGGGAAGACGUUCACCCUGGCACAGGCUGUCAAACACAUCCUACGGCAGGAUCACAGCAGGGUCUUGAUCUGUACCCACUCAAACAGUGCAGCUGACCUUUACAUCAAGGACUAUCUCCAUCCUUAUGUUGAAGCUGGCAAUCUACAUGCUAGACCUCUCAGGGUAUACUUCAGGAAUCGCUGGGUGAAGACUGUUCACCCAAUUGUCCAGCAGUACUGUUUGAUCUCCAACACACAGAUGACUUUUCAGAUGCCCACAAGGGAGGACAUCCUUAGACACCGUGUUGUGGUGGUCACACUCAGCACCUCUCAGUACCUCUGCCAGCUCGAUUUGGACCCUGGAUUGUUCACUCAUAUCUUACUGGAUGAAGCAGCCCAGGCCAUGGAGUGUGAAACCAUCAUGCCUUUUGCUCUAGCUAAUAGGGCCACCCGCAUUGUACUGGCUGGGGACCACAUGCAGCUGAGCCCAUUUGUUUACAGUGAGUUUGCACGGGAGCGAAACCUACAUGUCUCACUGUUGGACAGACUCUAUGAGCACUAUCCCAGAGAAUUUCCUUGCCGCAUCCUCUUGUGCGAGAACUACCGCUCCCACGAAGCAAUCAUCAACUACACAUCAGAGUUAUUUUAUGAUGGAAAAUUAAUGGCCAGUGGAAAGCAGCCCUCCCAUAAGGACUUCUACCCUCUAACCUUCUUCACAGCGAGAGGAGAAGACAUCCAGGAGAAAAACAGCACAGCAUACUACAACAAUGCUGAGGUGUUUGAGAUUGUAGAGCGAGUGGAAGAGCUGCGUAAAAAGUGGCCCGUGGCCUGGGGAAAGUUGGACGAGGGCAGCAUCGGUGUAGUUUCACCAUAUGCUGACCAGGUGUUCCGCAUUCGUGCUGAGCUCCGAAAGAAGAGAAUGCAUGAGGUCAGCGUGGAAGGAGUGCUCGACGUCCAAGGUAAACAGUUCAGAGUGCUGUUUUUAAGCACUGUUCGAACUCGGUACACCUGCAAACACAAACAGACGGCCAUCAAGCGCAAAGAACAGCUGGUGGAGGACUCCACAGAAGACCUCGACUAUGGCUUUCUCUCCAACUACAAGCUGCUCAACACUGCAAUCACGAGAGCUCAGUCAUUGGUUGCAGUUGUGGGAGAUCCCAUAGCACUGUGCUCUGUUGGACGUUGCAGGAAAUUCUGGGAACACUUUAUCUCCAUCUGCCAUGAAAACUCAAGCCUACAUGGCAUUACCUUUGAGCAAAUCAAGGCUCAGCUCGAGGCUCUAGAGCUCAAAAAAACGUAUGUCCUCAACCCACUGGCCCCGGAGUUUAUCCCACGUGCGCUGAGACCUCUACAAGGGCACCAUUCAUCUAACCAGGCUUUACAUCUCCACCAUCAUCUGCAUUCUCAGCACAUACAGCCCUCCUCCAACAAACAAGGUCUACAACAGCAGCAAUCCCCCCCAAAGGGAAAGCAUGCCAACCCCACGGAACAGCUUCCGCCUGAAGGAUAUGUUCAACCUAAUCCAGCUGUGCUGAUUGGAAACCCCAUUCGAGCCUUCUCACCACCUCUGGGUGCUACACCAGCCGGCAUGGGCAAGUCACCUAGUCCUGUGCAAAAGAUAGAUCCUCAAACCAGUAUCCUCUAUGUUCCAGCCGUUUAUGGAGGAAACAUGGUCAUGUCCAUGCCCCUGCCUUUGCCAUGGCCAGGAUACCAGAACCGCUUCGCUGUGGAUCCACGCAACAUGAUCCACCCUGCAGCUAUGGCUUAUAACUUCAACCUCUUGCAAGCCCAGAAUCGAGGCUCGCCCGUUCCGUACAGUGGAGUGGCCCACCCUUCUCCUCUGGGAAUGGGCCAGGCAAGCCCAGAUAAAGAACCACAGACGGGUCCUGUCAGAAACGGAAAAUUGGAAGCUUCUUCAAAGUCUGACCAGAGCUGUCUUCGGACGCCCGAGAGAAAAAUCAAUGAGCUGAAGGAGAAACAGGGAGAUUUAGACACAGGUCAAAUGAAAGCUCUGGACUCACAGACAGACGGGCUUGCUGGAUUUCCCAAUUCCCUACUUCAUCGAAAAGAUCCCCCAACCCCUCAGAGACCACUCAACUAUCACUUGGCACCCCCCAACGCAGCCUUUGCACCACAUCCUUCCAAUGGAAGACCCUUUCCCACACAGUAUCCCAUUGCCAGGCUGCCUUUUCGGGUGAACCAGCCUCAGCAUCCCAGUAUUGCCCAUCAGAAUCAACAGCAGCAGCAACAACAACUCAGUCCUGCCUAUGCUGGCGGAGGCCACAGUGCAUCCUUCUUCAGUGGCAAUCUGAAUACUCACAGGGUCGUUCAGUCACCAACUUUGGAUGAUCCAGAAUCUGUGGGGGCAGAGGAGAUUGGUAGUUCCAUUAGGAGAGGUCACCAUGCAGGAUUACCGCAGCAUAACAGGGUCAGUAGCUCUGGAGAAGAUGGACACGAGGGAAGCAUGGGAGGUGACAUCCAAGGUCCUUUGGCUCUAGAGGCCUUAAGUCUGCAGCAACACACAGCCAGACUUAGCCAGUGGGGGGAGGGAGCUGGUCCUUUCCUCCAGGGCAACAUUGCCAUUCCACUGCCUCAACAGCUUGCCCACCUUACUCAACCUGGCAUGCCUCGAAUUCCCCAUCAUCUGCUUCGAGCUGCAGGCUGGGGCCUUAGUGCCAGUGUAGAAGAUGAAGUUUCUUCUCCCUCCUCUGGAUCACUGUACAACAGGUACCCCGGCCUCUUAAGAGAGAUGCCUCAACAGGAACAGCCUCAGCCUCAGGAGGCGGCUGAAAUGCAACCUCCUCCGCAGUCUCGUCUACUCCAAUACCGCCAGUCAAAGUCUCGAGCCUCCGGUGAUCCUACAUCCUCCUUAGCUACCAUCUCAAAUCACACUGGUACUUUCCCAUCAGGACUUUUCCCCCAUGACUCCAGCCGUGACAUCCUUAAUGACAGUGUUCUCAACAAUCUAGCCCUACAUCAGCAAGUACACCACGGCAACCCCCUUUACAAUGCAGGUAGCUACCCACAUCAACAACCAGCUCAUUCUACCAGCCCUCCCCCUCCCCAGGUCAAAUAUCUUCUUCAAGAGUCUCACUGGUCCCAUGAUGGCGCUACAUCAGUAAGCCCACCACAGCAGAACCAUCUGGUAGGAAACCAGGGUCAUAGUCUUUCUUUUGGUUUGCCCCCCAUGGGUCAGCCCAGCAGGCAAGAGCAAGUCCACCUGAUGCAACUUCACCAUCAGCACCAGCAGCAGCAGCAGCAGCAACAACAACAACAACAACAACAACAACAACAACAGCAGCAGCAGCAGCAUCACCAACAAAUUCAAAGCCAGGAUGAGGAGUCCUACCAUGCACUGUCUCCUAGAACAUCAGGAGCCACAGCCCUUAAUAAUGUAGAUGAGUAUGAGCCCAGAGGCCCAGGUAGGCCUCUCUACCAACGUCGCAUCUCCUCUGGCUUCCCUGAUGAACUGUCUCCAGCCAACACCCACGGUGCUGUGUCCCAGCAAUUUCAGCCUUGUGCAUCAGAUCAGCAGGACAUCCAUCAUCCACCAAUGCAGCACCAUCCGCACCCACAUACCCAGUACAUUUUGCCCUCACAUGACUCAUGGUCCAGCAAUGGUGGAGGUCCAGGCCCGUUCCAGAACAUUCCAUGUAAUGGAGCCGGCACACUGUCUCAGCACCGAGAAAUCAUUGCCUCCAAGCCCAUUUGUCAGACAGAGGAGCAGGUGAAGGCCGAGGCUUCGGCAGCACAGCAGACACACCUGCACCCUCUAAACUCCCUUCAGCACCUUGGACAGUUUCCUCCUCUCAUGCCCAAUAACAAGCAGCAACAACAACCACUGCAGGUUCCCACAGAGCCCAGCCAGGGCAGUUCAAAUUUAAAUAAACCCCCCAUCAUGUCCUAUGCGAGUGCCCUCCGUGCUCCACCCAAGCCCCGGGCUGUUCGACCAGAACAGGUCAAAAAGAACAGCAACCCCCUGUCUCUCCUCCAAGAGCUAAGUAUAGGAAGUUCAAAUGGUAGCAAUGGAUACUACUCCUACUUCAAAUGAGUGUCACUUUUCCCUCAUAUUACAUGUGAUUAAAUGAAAAAUAUAUAUAAAAAAAAAAAAAAACAAAAAAAAAAAAAAAAAACAAAACAAAAAAAAAAAAAAACAUAAAAGAAUACUUUCUUAAAAAAAAGCUCCAAGUGCAUUUACAGUUUAUUUUGUUUGUUUUUUAUCAAUUUUAUUUCAUUUCAGCUUUUUAUUUGUAAUUCAUCCUUUUCCCUUCUCACAUAUUUGUGAAAAAAGUAUAAAGAAUGCAUUACUGGUAUAUAUACAUACUCAUGUAUAUAUGAAUAUAUACUUAUAUAAUCUACUAUUGUAUAUGUACGUAAUGCUAAAAAAAAGCUAUUUAAAAAAGUAAAUAAAAAAGGGUGACUCAGUUGAUUACUUAGCUACCUUCCGAUUUUUCUUUACUAUUUUUUUUUUUUUUUUUUUUUUACAGAUGUUUUGAGUACUUGUUAUCGUAUUGGUUUCCAAACUACUGUCAUUGUGGUAAUGGACAAAAGCUGAGUGGUCAACUGAAUUAAAAACUACAGUGUAUAGAAGUAGAUAAUCUUCCUCUUAUCUGUACGUAUGAAAAACUCAAAAGACUGAAUUGUAUGCUACAGACAUGUUCUUAAAGUCCUGUAUCUUUCUAGCAUUUUCAUGAUAUAUACUUUUCUCUUGUUUGACUCUCCAGACCUUGAUCUGAGGGUUUGUCUUCGGUGAUUUCUUUUCUAAUUGUUAAUGCUUAUUUACUAAACAAAUACACGAAUAAUGAUAGCAUACUGUACUAUUUACCUAUAUCCUAAUGGCAACCAUACAGUUUGAAGAGAUUAACAUUGCAACAGUCCUGUUGUUCCUGCUUUGGUUUGCUAAGAAAUCAAAAGCACCAAAUGUUCUUUUAAUAUCAUGAAAAUAUCUCCAUCUGAAUUACUGAGGCAGACUAUCUGUAGUUUUAUUUUGUCUUCCUGUGAUCAUCUGUUUCCUUUUGCUUUUCAUCCAUUGUCAGAUGUGGUGAUUGUAUCCUCACAGCUGGGGAUGCAUUCGUGUUUGAGAGAUUUUUAAGUUGGCUUUGCUUCGUGGGUUUGUGAAAGUGAUGAGAGAGUGGAGAAGUCAGAGUGACACAUCAUGGAGGGUAAGUUGAGUUUGGAGGUGUGAUCACAAUUUUUAAAUGAACAUCUGCAAGUAUAAAAAGUGUUUUUCAGGGUAUUUAUUUGUCUUUUUUUUUACGCUUAUUUUGGGUGUCAACUAUUUGUGUUCUAUCAGGAACGGUCAUCAUUUCCCCAGAUUUAUUACUGAGUUCAGGUUGAAGGAUGAACUGUCAACACGUCUUUCCCAUUUUCUAUGAAUGACAAUCUACUAAGUCACGAGUUUCAACAAAAGUUACAUUUUUAAUCUUUUCCCCAACUUGACAUUUGUUGUCACUAAUCAUUUCCAUGAAAUUUGAAAGUCGGUAGCACACCCUUCGUUACACAUUAGGCGUUAAAAGCAAACAAUUGUCCCUUUUUUUCUGUCUCUGUUGAAGGUGGAACCGCAUUGGUCUUUAUAUAUAUUUACAUUUUCUGUUUUUCUAAAAAAUUUUUUUUUUUUAUUAAAAAAAUUCAAAAAAUUAACCCACAUGCCCUUUAUUCACUCUAUUCAUAAUUUCUUUUGCGUCUAAAAACCCCAUUUAGUUUAAUCUGGAGGUUGAUACACAACUUUCACAAUAUAAAUAUAAUACAAGAAAAAUAGUCAUUUUCACUUUAUGAAUAAACAAUAAUGGAAUAACCUGCCCAGCGCUAUGUUCUGUUGGAACUGUUAUGUGUUUGUGAAACAACACUGCCCAGUAUGUAGAUGGGUCUUAUUGUAUUGUGUCAUGGCUUUCAUAUUAUUAUUAAUCCAAACUCAAAAGAAGAAAAAGAAAAUUACAAGUUACUUUUCCUGCAAACAACUGGGUUUUGAACAGUCGGCAGUGAAAUGUAUGAUUGUAAUUCCAAGAUCAGGAUUGUUUUUAAGCCGAGAAACAACAAAUACUUGUAAAUAGGCAUUUUUUAGAUAUUUGCAAAAAAGAACUUUGUCAGCACCUCAAUUUUGUAGAAGCUGUUAAAACAAAAAGGAGAUUUGCCCUUUUUAAUCAAAAUUACCAAUAGUUGAUAAUAAAUGGGCACCAACAACCACCUGGACAGUAGUUGGAACACAGCAACAUUUGUUUUUUUUUUUGUUUGUUUGUUUGUUUUUUUAAACAUUUUGAUUUCGAGAUCAAAUGAUUUAAUGAUCGACUCAGUGUACGUUAAAUGUUUGUUGCUAGUUUUGUCCUGCGCUUCCAUCAUAGUCAAUAUGGAUUUUUUUUCUUUUUAAUGUUGCAUUCUUUUCUGCAUGUUGAAAUGAGCUGGCGGUUUAUUUCCUGUAUAUAAGUUUGAUUUGUGGAUUAAAUACAGAAAAAAAGUAUCAUACAACAAAGGUAAAUUUUGGCAUUUGGUGUUUACAACAACUAGUGAAGAUUAUUAACAAAAGUUGGAAUAUUUUACUAACGUGUCAAUGUUUUCUUCAUUUAGCAGGGCUUAAGCUGAGGUUGCUCCCUGCCAUGUGUUAAAUGACAGUUCUAACAUUCAGUGCUAAUCCAACUAGCAGUUGUUGGCUAAUCCCUGGAGUUGUGCAAUACUGAUAUUUCACUGCUUUCUCAGAUACACUUAUAUUUAUAUUUCAACCUGGAGCCAUCAAGCCAAAUCCAUUCAGUUGUACACUUGUUACUCUCUCUCUCUUUUUUGCUCUAUGGCUUAUUUUUUGUCAUUAGAUAUAUUUAUUAAAAAAAGAUACUAAAUGAAAAAAAAUAAGCUUUUCAUGAAGUCGGAUUUAGUGUGUUUCUAGUUCCCACUGUUAAAUUGUCAGCAUAAAGUUGUGAUAUUUGUGUAUUGCACGGAAAGGGAGCAACCUUUCGCCCAGUCAACAGAGGGCACUCUUUUCAGCCUUUUAUAAAUGCCACAUAUUUCCUUUUACCUGUUUGCUCUCGUCCUUUUUUUCCUCAUGUUGAAGUGAAGAAACAGUUCACCAGUUCUCAGCCUCCCAGUCCCACUGGUUUUUCCCUCAUGGGUAUAAAAUAAUGAAUAGAUAUGUUUGACUCAUUUAUUUCAAUUGGUGGUGGUCAUAAUACAGGUUUUAGACUGUGUUUAAAAUGUUUAUUUCUUUUUUUUAUUUGUUUCGCUAUUAAAGUGUUUUUAUUGAACCUC